CGCGAGUUCCGAGAAUGGAGUCCUGGUCCUUUUAGACCGUCCGCCAAGGGGUGGGGUGUAGGGCGGAAGUUAUGGCGCAGGGCCGAAGUCUAGCUGCUGAAGGGCGGAAGUAGAGUCCUGAAGUCUGCAAUCAUGGCUCAAGAAGAGGAAGAUGUUAGAGAUUACAAUUUGACGGAGGAACAGAAGGCGAUCAAGGACAAGUAUCCUCCAGUCAAUCGAAAGUAUGAAUAUUUGGAUCAUACGGCUGAUGUCCAGUUACAUGCGUGGGGAGAUACUCUGGAGGAAGCAUUUGAACAGUGUGCCAUGGCCAUGUUUGGUUACAUGACAGAUACUGGAACUGUGGAACCCCUCCAAACAGUAGAAGUAGAAACCCAAGGAGAUGACUUGCAGUCUCUACUGUUCCACUUUUUGGAUGAGUGGCUUUACAAGUUCAGUGCUGAUGAAUACUUCAUACCCCGGGAAGUGAAAGUACUUAAUAUUGAUCAAAAAAAUUUCAAGUUACGGUCAAUUGGGUGGGGAGAAGAAUUUUCAUUGUCCAAGCAUCCUCAGGGAACAGAAGUCAAAGCAAUAACAUACUCGGCAAUGCAAGUCUACAAUGAAGAGAAGCCAGAAGUGUUUGUGAUCAUUGACAUUUAAGAUACAGAAAGGAAGGAAGAAAGAGGGGCCUGGAGAGGUGGCUCAUCGUUUAAGAGCACUGGCUGCUCCACCAGAGGACCGAGUUCAGUUCCCAGCAACCACAUGGCAGCUCACAACUAUCUCUAACUCCUGUUCCAAGGGAUCUGAUGCCCUCAUACAGACAUUCAUGCAAGCAAAACACCAGUGUACAUAAAAUAAAAAUAAAUUAUUUUUAAAAAAAGAGA